GUGACGUAGUUCCUAAGGAUGUUAAUGCAGCUAUUGCUACGAUUAAGACCAAACGCACUAUCCAGUUUGUCGAUUGGUGUCCUACUGGAUUUAAAGUCGGUAUCAACUAUCAGCCACCUACUGUGGUACCCGGCGGUGAUUUGGCUAAAGUACAGCGUGCCGUAUGCAUGUUGUCCAACACAACUGCCAUUGCCGAAGCAUGGGCGCGUUUGGAUCAUAAGUUUGAUUUGAUGUAUGCUAAGCGUGCGUUUGUCCACUGGUAUGUCGGCGAAGGUAUGGAAGAAGGAGAAUUCUCGGAAGCUCGUGAAGAUUUAGCAGCCUUGGAGAAGGAUUACGAGGAAGCACUGGGACCUGACAAGAGUGCAAAGUAUCGGUUCUACGAACGAGAGUCAGCAUCCGAUUAA